AGGAUGAAGGGUUGCGCAUACGCGGCCGUCACAUGGUGCUGCCUGACAUUUUAGGCAAAAGUUUGCAGUGGAAGCCCUUCAACGGCACUUGGAGUAGCGACAUUGAACUAAUAUACCGUGACCCCACGGGCGGCUUAUCGAUAUUAAAUCUAGACAAUUACACAACGAGGGUCCUAAUGACCAACUCGACAUUCCGCCAACUGAAUGCUGAAUCGUUUCUUGUAUCGCCCGAUCAGAAGUAUGUGCUACUGCAGUCCGACAGCAAUGCGGAAGGCUCGAGACAUCACGUUUACGAGGUACAGACAGCGAACACCUUCCCGUUGGGUCCAACGGAGAACAUAGCAGAACCGCCGCGCCUGCAAUAUGUGACAUGGGCGUCGGCGCCCCCCCCCGCACCCGCGGCAACCACAACAAGCACCACCACCACCACAACAACAGCAACCAGCACAACAACUACAACGCGAGCGCCAACCAACACAACAACAUAUGCGGCACGUACAGCGGCCAGCGCUGCGACAGCGAAUGCCGUGAAUGCCUCGAGUGGUGGCAGCAUCUUGCUGAGCAGUUUGGCGGGUGCAGCGACCGGUGGCGGUGUGGGCAAGCCGCCGCCGAGUAAUUUCCAAUAUCCAAAUGGCGGCGCGGUAAAAGCGUUUCCACAAAAUCAGGCAAUCGCCUUUGUGUACGAGAACGACAUCUACUACAAGCCGAAGGUUCAAGGCGAGCUAGUGUGUCGCAUUACAACAACAGGUCGCGCUGGCAUCGUCUACAAUGGCAUCCCGGAUUGGACGUAUGAGAACGUGCCGGAGCUGAAUGGGCGCAGCAGCGGUCUCGCCUUCUCACCGGAUGGUCUAUUUUUAGCGUUUCUCACAUUCAACGACAGUGAUGUGAAUGAAUACAAAUACACCUGGAUGGGCGACGACAUCAAGUACCCUGCUGUGCUAACACAACGCUACCCCAAGGCAGGCGAAAUCAAUCCAAAUGUCACCGUGAAUGUGGUAAACCUCUCCGUCCUCAAAUAUAUCUUCCCCACACAAAUCAAACUUCCAGCCGAUUUAUCGAAUGGUAGCUACAUUGGCGCGCUAACUUGGGCCACACCCAUCGACCUCUCCGUGACGAUUACCAAUCGUGGUCAAACUAAGGCGACAACGGUGGUUUGCCGCGCACCGGACUUCCAUUGCCAUCCCGUGCACACAGAGGUAACAGUUAACGAUGGCUGGGUGUUACCCGCCGAGCGUCCCAUAUUUUCUGUACACAAUAGCGUAAAUCUCAAAAGAAACCAACAACAAUUGCUUGUCAAUGGGCUUAAUGGCAACAACAGCUACCACAAUGUGAGCAAUGGUCAGACCACUUAUGAGAUCUCACAUGGCGGCUAUCUGCUCAAACGUCUUCCGGUGCGUGAUGGUGAACACGGACACUUCCGACAUGUGGUUUUCAUCUCCUCGUUGGAUCGCCGACCGGUGCCACUCACAAUGGGACGCUUCGAAGUCACCGAGCUUUUGGGUUGGGAUGAAGCGCAUGAGAUUGUCUACUUUAUGGCGGCGCCCGAGAAACGUCCGGGUGAACGGCACCUCUAUAAGAUCAGUCUCAAAUUGAAUGAGACGCAGAGCAAUCGCGCGUAUAUAACUUCAACACAGCCGACAUGCUUGACCUGCGACAACACCAUAUCCACUUUUCGUCUAUCUGCACAGGGUAUACUUGUAGAGGACGCUGAUAACCGCAGCGAUGACGAAACUGAGUGUUACUAUGAUAUACCAAAGAACUGUCUUUACAAUAAAAUCUACUUCAGCAAAGACUACUCGCACUAUGUGCAAGAGUGCCUGGGACCGGAGUCACCCAGCGUCUACAUGGUGGAGACACAGAGCAACAUGAAGACAUAUAUACUUAACGCGGGUCACAGCUUGCGAUACCGUUUGCAGCAGCUCGCCUUGCCACAAAUACGUACGUUCAGCGUAGAGAUACGGCACGGCUUCCACGCGCAAGUCCGUCUCUACCUGCCGCCAGGAAUGCGCGAGGACGAAGAGGUCGCCUUUCCGCUCAUACUGCACAUCAACGCGGCGCCGGGUUCACAGCUGGUCACCGAAAAGUAUCAAGUGGAUUGGAACUGGUAUUUGAGCAGUCAACGCUCCAUGAUUGUGGCGCAAAUUGAUGGACGUGGCAGCGGAUUUCAGGGCGAGCUCCUGCGCACACAGGUGCACGGCAAGCUGGGCACCGUCGAAGUGGAAGAUCAACUGGGCGUAUUAACCUACCUGCGCGAUAAUUUGAAAUUCAUUGAUCCAUCACGUAUUUGCGCCUACGGCUGGGGUUACGGCGGCUACGCGGCCACCAUGACGCUCAUCGAUGACUCCCACCAAGUGCUGCAAUGCUCUGUGGCCGUCAACCCGAUUGUCUCCUUUGGCUAUCACUACUCAUUUUUCACCGAACGUUACAUACCGCUGAAGGGCGACUACUUGCGCGCUUUGCAGGAGGCCGACUUGACCAUGAAGGCUGGCAAUAUUAAGGGUCGCAAUUUGAUGUUGAUACAUGGCACGGCGGAUAGAUUAGUGCAUCAGGAGCACACGUUGAUGUUGGUGCGAGCGCUGGUGGAUCAGCAAGUCAAGUUCAGACAUCAG